AUGGAAGCUAAAUUUGAUGAAGAAGAUGAUCCCACAUGUCCUCCAAUUCCCUUUACAGCAGCUGAGAUGCGGAUUUACAGGCGUCCGUGGCGCUCAGCCCUGGUAGUCAAGUCGUUGGGGAGGGUUGUGUCGUAUACUGUGCUAUCAAAGUGUCUACAAGCUAUAUGGGCUAAGUCCGGAGGACUGCAAAUUACAUAUGCCUGUAAUGGAUUCUAUCUGGUGAAGUUCACGAGUGCUCGUAACUUUGAACGAGCGUUGACGGGUGGCCCUUGGAAGGAGGCAGUCCUGAAGAUUGGGGCACGUAUAUGCAAUCCAAAUCGAGUAGAUGGAGCGACAGAAGAAGGUGCAAGAGGAGAGUAUCCACAGGAAGAGUCGACCGAGAAUAAAGUGGAGUCAUACACAGAUACACAAGAAAAGAUGGUACAGAAGAGUACGUACGACGAGUGGAUGAUUUCUAAGAAGAAGAAGAGACCAAAUAAUAGACAAGCGCAGCCUGCGAGACUACCAAUGAGUGGGACUACUAUUGACACAAAACGAAGGGAGGUGGGUCGUGGCGGUAGCCAUGCAAAUUGCUUUGAAACGUUGGGUAAUAGCCAUGCAACGAUUAAGGUAGAUAUGACAGUGAAGAACGAGACGAGUGACAAGCCAUCAGAUAUUAUAAUGGUUGAGAAGGGGGGACCGUCAGAGGUAGAGAUGGACAAUAAGACCCCACCUCAAAAGAGCACAGACAGUGAGGCUAAUAAUAAUGGGACAAAGUCGAGUAAAGAUUGCACAAUGGGAAAGGAGUCACCAAUCCUCCUCGGCCGGAAUAACAGCAAAAUCCGCCAGGGAUGGGUAAGGAGAAAGUCCGGAAAUACUAAAAAGGGCGCGGGGAGCCUAUCCCCUUCAGGUUAUAGAUGA